AUGCAGAGCUUAAUUGAAUGGUAUAAAUUAAAUACAGGAAUCAGGGUGCAUGAUAAUGUUAUAAUUAAAGAAUCAUUUGAUGGAAGCGUGAGUGCGGGUUUUGGAUUAUAUUUGAAUAGGGGAGAACUUUUCGAUACUAUUGACAGAAAUAAAGAUACACAAAUUGUUCUCUUAAGAAUACCGAAACAUAAUACUUUUAAUAUAAAUACAUUAUUGGAAAUAUUGAAAGAUAGAAAUCAAUAUGACUCUAUCGAAGAUUUUGAAAAUACGAAUAAAAUAAUAUCAAAUUUAUUCAAGAAAUUUACUACUUUCUUGAGUGGGAAUAAUUUAAUGAAUAUAUUUCUAUCAGAGACAACAAUAAUUAUAUUUUAUUUUUCGAUAUUUAGCUGGAUGAUUAAACAAAAUAUGUUUAUACCUGAGCAAUUUAAAUACUACUUAAUGAAAGUUCUUCAGGUUACUAAAAUUGACAGCAAAUAUAAUUACAAAUUACCUAUUCUACGUGAUAUAUAUAAACAAUACCCGUUUAUGGAUACGGUAGAAAAACAUAUAGAAGCGUAUGAAACUUUUUUUUAUGAUAAUGAAAUUAAAAUUGAUGAGGACACACUGCUUCAACUAUAUUUUGCCAUAACAUCCAGAGUGCUUGAGAUUCCUGAAGCUCUCGCUAAUGUCAAUACCAAAGAUGAUGAAUUGAAGGAUACUGAGGACUACGUUGUAAGUUCUACAUUAGUUCCCAUAUUAGAUUUUGUAAAUCAUUCAAAUCAAUAUACAAAUGCUUAUUUUGAUAUUGAUAGGAAAACUGAUGAUGUAUUGUUAGUUUUUGAUAUUGAAAAAUAUCAAUCUUUGCCUAUAAAAUAUACAUUGACAACAGGGGAAUAUAUCGAAGUAUAUAUCUCAUACUCAAAAGUUGAAGAAGUAAAUCAUUUCCUGAAUGUUUAUGGUUUUCUACCAAAACCAAAUACUGGUAGUGAUACAAAAACUUUCCAAUCCUAUACUCUAUCUUUUGAUAGAGACUAUUUAACAAAAGUUCCGAUGAGUAUAUCAAACGAAGAUGAAGAUGUAAAUAUAAGGGAUUUUUAUAAAUGGUUUGAGAUAAGUCCUGCCAUUUCGCUUGUAAAUAUUAAUGGUGAGUGGAAAAUAAGUAGAGACGUACAACUACUGCAAGUACUUCUCCCUUUCAUAUCCAAGGAGAGCAAUUCAUUUUACUGGGAAUAUGAUAAACAUUAUGCUAAGUUAUUAGCCUAUCUCAAUUCUCUUGUUGAAGGUUUAGAGGAAGAAUUGGGUCAUGUAAAGUUUCUCUAUGAAUUGUACGAAUCCCAUAUACGGUCUAGAAUUCAAAACCCUGAAAAUGAUAGAGUUGGUGUUCCUCAACUAGCUUGGAUUCUCCAUAAAGUUGAAUACCAGACUGAGUCAGAGGAUUCUAAAAAGAGCUCGGAUGACUCUGGAAAGUACUCAGAGGAUUCGGAGGGAGACUUGGAGGAUUCCAAAAAACACUUAACUUAUCCAUUGAUAUGCAGACCAUCGUUAGAGACUGUCAUGGAAUAUGUAUAUGACAAGGUAAAAUAUGAUGCGACUCCUGCAUGUUUUUUGUCCUACUUAAAAGAUUUCUGUUCCUCUAGGUUGAACAUUUUGAAGGAGAAAUCUAAACUGUCAAUAAAAACAGGAAAUAAGAUUGAAACUGGACGUAUAGCAAUUGAAGAAAGAAUAUUACAAAAUUUAACAGAUCAGUUAUUGGCUAUUAUUAAUGGUGAAGCACCUUCCCAAUCUUUAUUUUGCACUAACUACGAUACUCCUUCAAGAUUCCCUUACUUAAGCAAAGAGACUAAGGUUCUUGACUGCCUUUCACUCAAUGACAUAAAUGAUGACAUAGAUAAGAACUCGGUUGAAGACAUAGACAAUUUAUUUAAAAAUGAAGAUAUGGAUUAUUUUAGUCAAUACAUUCAUUUUUUUAUCGAUGUAUCAAGAGGCAAUAUUCCAUAUCUUGAAGUUGAGCCUAAUUGA